AUGGGUGACCUCAUCAGAACCGCCGCAGAGGGCGGCGGCAGCCGCGCGGCGGCCGCGUUUGCGCGGCUGUCAGAACAAGUGGCGUCCCCUGCGGCAGCGUCAGAGCUGUGCGGUGUCCCCGGCGCGCUCGGCGCCAUCUGCGCGGCCGCCGACGCAGGGGGACGCGCCGGCGCCGCGGCGGCCGCGUUUGCGCGGCUGUCAGAACAAGUGGCGUCCCCUGCGGCAGCGUCAGAGCUGUGCGGUGUCCCCGGCGCGCUCGGCGCCAUCUGCGCGGCCGCCGACGCAGGGGGACGCGCCGGCGCCGCGGCCCUGCUCCUCCUCGCCCGCGUCGCGUCGUGCGGGGACGCUGACGUGGCUCAGGCCCUCGCGACCCACCCGGCUGGCUGCCUGCCGACGCUCGUGGACGCGGGCCGCGGCGGCGGCGCGUGCGGGGCGGCGGCGCGCCGGGCCCUCCUGGACAUUCUCAUGGCCGACCUCAGCCUGUCCCUCGCCGUGCGCAGCACCCGCGGCGCCGUCGAGGCGAUCGCGGACGCCAUUGCACGCGACUGCUGCGACAGCGCGGUGGGCCUGCUCUUCACCAUCACCAGCGGCGCGCGAUCAGACCUGCUGCGCCGGCUCGCGCGCACCCCCGGGUGCCUGGACGCGCUGUUCUUUCGCAUCGAGCCGGGGGGCUACGAGGCUUUGAGCCCGCUGUCGGCCCUAUGGCAGAUGGUGGAUUCGGACGUGCGCAGGAACGGGGCGCUGCUGCGCGACGCGCCGGGCUCCUUGGAGGCGAUCGCCGCCGCCGCCGCCCGCGGCAUCGUCGCCUGGGGCUUGGCGUUCGUUCUGCUCGCCGCCCUGCCCUGCGCCUCGGAAGCUGAGCGGGCUGCGCUCGCCCAGAGGGCCGGCCGCGUCGACGGCUUCGUCGCCGCCGCCCUGCGCCGCAUGCGGCGGGGCGACGAGGCGGGCGCGGCCGCGGCGGCGGUACUGCUGACCAUGGCGCGCGGGGACGCUUCGUUUGCCGCCCUCAUCUGCGACACCGCCGGCUCCACGUGCGACAUCUGCGCGGCGGCCGUCGGCGGCGGCGAGCGCGGGGGCGCGGCCAUCAAGCUUCUGUCGACACUGUGCGCCAGCUGCCCAGAUCUCGAGGUCUCUCUGGCCCGAGCCAUGCUCGAGGCGGACGGCUUCAUGACCGCGCUGGUGCGCGCCGUCCGCGCGGGCGAUGCACACAUGCGUUCUUGGAGGUCGACGUGA